GUCUCUACGUUCUCUUCCAGAACUGCGCCAGCACGGUCCACAACUACGGCAUCGCCGUAGGUAUCGACAAGCUCAAGUACAAGAUCUGGGCCGUCUACAUUGUGUACAACACGCUGCAGAUUAUCGCCGCCUACUUCUGGUUCCCCGAGACGUCCAAGCUCAACCUCGAGGAGAUUGACCACAUCUUCGAGACGCCCGGCGCCAACCCCGUCAAGCUGUCGGUCAAGAUUGCCGACGCCAAGCACGCGCAAGCACACACACGAGAUACGACCAUGGCAUCGCAAUUCGAGUUUGACCCCGCCCUCGCGGGCUCGCUGCCGGCCGACUUUGUCUGGGGCUGGGCGACGGCGGCGGCGCAGGUCGAGGGCGCGUGGGACAAGGACGGCAAGGGCGUCUCGAUCUGGGACACGUUCGCGCACACAGCCGGCAAGGUCAAGGACGGCAGCACAGGCGACGACGCGGUGCGGUCGUACGACCUGUACGCGACGGACGUGGCGCUGCUGAAAAAGUACCGGGCGCGGGGGUACCGGUUCUCGCUGUCGUGGGCGCGGCUCAUCCCGCUGGGCGGCGCCGACGACGCCGUCAACGAGGCGGGCGUGGCGUACUACGACCGGCUCAUCAACGGGCUGCUGGCGCAGGGCAUCACGCCGUACGUGACGCUGUUCCACUGGGACACGCCGCAGGCGCUCGAGGACCGGUACGGCGGCAUGCUCGACAAGGCGCGGUUCACGCGCGACUUUGUGCGGUACGCGAGGCAGUGCUUCGAGCGCUUCGGCGACCGCGUCAAGGACUGGAUCACGUUCAACGAGCCCGGCGUGUACACGCUCGCCGGGUACGCGGCGGGCGUGCACGCGCCGGCGCGGUCGAGCUUCCGCGAGCGCAACGCCGAGGGCGACUCGAGCACGGAGCCGUUCAUCGUGGCUCACACGGAGCUCGUGGCGCACGCGUACGCCGCCGACCUCUACAAGCGCGAGUUCAAGCCGACGCAGAAGGGCACCGUCAUGAUCACACUGCACGGCAACUGGUCGGAGCCGUGGGACGCCGGCGAUGCGCGCGACGUCGAGGCGGCGGAGCGGGCGCGCGAGUUUGAGAUUGCCUGGUUCGCCGACCCGCUGUACAAGACGGGCGACUACCCGGCGUCGAUGCGCGCGCAGCUCGGCGACCGGCUGCCGCGGUUCACCGAGGAGGAGAGCAGGCUCGUGCUCGGCAGCUCCGAGGUGUACGGCAUGAACUCGUACUCGGCCUUUUACGUCAAGCACCGCGACGGGCCGGCCGACAUCAACGACCACAAGGGCAACAUCGAGCAGGCGGACGAGAACAGCGAGGGCACGCCGCGCGGGCCGGCGAGCGACACGUACUGGCUGCGCACGACGCCGUGGGGCUGGGGUAAGCUGCUGCGUUGGAUCUGGGCGCGGUACGGCGUGCCCAUCUACAUCACGGAGAACGGGACGACGGCGCAGGGCGAGCACGACUGGAAGCCCAAGGGCCCGGACGACGUGCUCGAGGAUCCGUUCCGCAUCGACUUUUUCCGCGAGUACCUGACCGAGGUGGCCAAGGCGUCGCAGGAGGGUGUUGUGAUCAAGUCGUACUUUGCGUGGACCUUUACCGACAACUAUACGUCUUCCCCAUCCCCUGUUUUGUUGACCAUGUUGCUAACCUCUCAGCACGGGAGUGGGCUGCAGGGUACUCAGACCGCUUCGGCGCCACGUGGAUCGAUUUCGACAGCCCCGAGAAGACGCGGUAUGCGAAGCGCUCGGCGUACUUUCUGGGGGACUACUUUGACCACCUCAUCAAGAGGGAGUAGGCACGAGGGCAGGAAGUACGGAGGCCUCGCUCCUCUGCCGUGUGCCUCUCUGACCAGAGCUACCAUGACCCGAAUACAGCCCUCACAAUGGAACUUUGACAUUGAUCGGUUCAUCAACCCCUUUGUCCCCCAUCCCCCCUGGCGCCACCUGCCGACGCCCGUGUCCCGCUUCUUCGGCUACCGCAAGACGAAGCCCGACAACACGGGCAACUUUGUCCUCAUCCUCUGGGCCUUUAUCGGCAUCUUCUGCGGCAUCGCCGUCAUCGAGCUCGUGUCCGACCACGUGCCCUCCUUCCGCCACCACGGCGCCCCCAUCAUCGUCGGCAGCUUCGGCGCCGCCGCCGUGCUCGAGUUCUACUCGAUCGAGAGCCCCCUCUCCCAGCCCCGCAACGCCAUCCUCGGCCAGCUCCUCGCCUCGCUGACCGGCAUCUCCAUCGCCAAGCUCUUCCUCCUCGCCGGCCCCGCCCGCUUCGCCGACGUGCGCUGGGUCGCCGGCGCCCUGUCGUGCGCCACGGCCACGGCCCUCAUGGCCCUCACCAAGACGGUCCACCCGCCCGCCGGCGCCACCGCCCUGCUCGCCGUCGUCGACGACAGCGUCCUCGACCUCGGCUGGUUCCUCGUCCCCGUCGUCAUGCUCGGCUGCGCCCUCAUGCUCGUCACCGCCCUGCUCGUCAACAAUGUCCAGCGCCGUUUCCCCAUGUACUGGUGGACGCCCGAGGACCUGCACGCCCAGGUCCGCCCCUGGACGCGUCGCCGCGCCUCGGGGCCGCCGCCGCCGCCGGCCUCUUCAUCCGCGGCUGCUGCUGCUGCCGUCGAGGCCAAGGCCGGCGUCCCCGACCACAGCGACCUCGAAGCCCAGAGCACGCGCACGUCGCAGACGACCGAGGUCGGCGGUAGCGAUGACGGGCGCGAGUUUGAGCUCAUCUUGCGUGCUGGCGAGGUCAUCGUUCCGGAGCACAUGUACAUUACGCCCGAGGAGAAGAUGUGGCUCGAGAACCUGAGCAACCGGUUGUGA